UGGAGUUAGUGGAAGAAAGACACGGAACGACAGCGGUCGGUCCUCUGUAACAGAGCCGUCAUCUGUCUGCGUAGCUGGUCACAAAAAUGGCGAACGUGGUGCUGGAGUUUAAGGCUUCUGCCGGCGACUCCGAGCCACAGAACCGUCCGGUUCUAAUCAUCGGACAACAUGCCAACUUGCAGCAAGUCAGCUGGAGCCAAAUCAAAGGGAAACUGCAGCCGGUCGUUAGCAAAGAGGUCUGGCAGGCAGCUCUUGGUGCUCUGAGCCCGAACCCCACGGACAGCUGCCCUUUGUACCUCAAUAAUUCUGUAGUGGCUGCUCUUCCUUCACGGGUCAGCAGACACAACAGCCCGGCGUCUGCCCACUUUGUCUCCCGUCUGGUUCGUUCCUGUCUGCCUGGAGGGAACAACCGCUGCAUUGUGAUGGUUUGUGAGCACUCAGAUGUGUUCGCAUCCUCCUGUGCCAUCGCCAGGGCCUUUCCCAUCUUCUCCCGUCGCUCUACAUCAUCACGCAGAGCUGAGAAGAAGCAUGUCACAGUAGAGUUUUUGAUCGUUGGACAAGAUAGCAGUCCUCUGGAUGCAGCAGAACUCAAGUGUCUCUCCAGUGCUGCUGAUGGAGUACGACUGGCUGCUCGCAUUGUGGACACUCCAUGCAAUGAGAUGAAUACUGAUCACUUUUUAGAUGAGAUCAAGGCUGUGGGAAAUGAGUUAGGAAUUACUCCAGUGAUCAUUCGUGGAGAGGAACUGAAACAAAGAGGCUUUGGAGGGAUUUAUGGAGUUGGAAAAGCAGCAGAGCAUCCUCCUGCCUUAGCAGUCUUGAGUCACACACCAGAUGGUGCAACCCAAACCAUCGCAUGGGUAGGAAAGGGCAUUGUGUACGACACUGGAGGACUCAGUAUCAAGGGAAAGACCACAAUGCCAGGAAUGAAGAGAGACUGUGGUGGAGCUGCUGCUAUUUUGGGAGCUUUCAAAGCUACUAUUAAACAGGGCUUUAAGGAUAAUCUCCAUGCAGUAUUUUGCCUUGCAGAGAAUUCAGUUGGACCCACAGCCACUCGACCUGAUGAUAUCCACACUCUGUACUCUGGAAAGACAGUGGAGAUCAACAACACUGAUGCAGAAGGCAGGCUGGUGCUUGCUGAUGGAGUGGUGUAUGCCUGCAAAGACCUGUCAGCUGAUAUCAUCCUCGAUAUGGCCACAUUGACAGGGGCUCAGGGCAUCUCCACAGGGAAGUACCACGCUGCUGUGAUGACUAACAGUGAGCAGUGGGAAGCUGCAUGUGUGCGUGCUGGUCGUAGCAGUGGAGAUCUGGCUCACCCUCUGGUUUACUGCCCCGAGCUGCACUUCACCGAGUUUACCUCUGCCAUGGCUGACAUGAAAAACUCUGUGGCUGACCGUGAGAAUGCCCAGAGCUCCUGCGCUGGUCUCUUCAUUGGUUCCCACUUGGGCUUUGACUGGCCGGGGGUCUGGGUCCAUGUUGACAUCGCCUCUCCUGUCCAUGCUGGGGAGCGCGCCACAGGUUUUGGCGUUGCUUUGCUCAUGGCCCUCUUCGGUCAAGCAUCCGAUGACUCCAUGCUAAACCAGGUGUCUCCUUUGGGCGCAACCACCUCUGUGUCAGAGGACCAGAUGGAGCGUGACUGCAAAAGGAGAAGACUGGUCUGAAACGUAAAGAUCGCUUUACUCCUGACCCCGACUGCUCCGCUGCCACCACACCUGAUCUUUUGAAGCAUCUGUUUAAAAUUCUGAUAUUUUAUAACUGUGAUUUAACUUUCUGUGAGUUUGACUUCAUUAAAUAAAUCAAAUGAUCAUGCAGUCAUCAGUUAAUUGGAUACGUGAACCAGAUGUUUAACCAGAUGUGCUGCUUUACAUGAUUAUGAUAAACACAUGCUCUUAAUUUCCUCUUGACUCAGCUCUUUCUACACUGGUCGCCUCUGUAGCACCACAGAUGCUCUAAAUCAAGCUGCAUUGACAAUUAGAAAAUAAGCAGCUGGUUUAUUUUCACCACCUUCAGUGUUUUUUUGUUUUUUUUUUGCAGCCAUGAUUCUUUGUAAUCAUCUAUUUUUUGCAAUCUGUUUCAAGUUGUACCUCAAAACAUAAACCUUGUUUAUUCUGUUGUAAAUGAAUCUUUUACAGAAAGAAAUUAUCAAGGAUUAUGCCACACUUAUCGUCUUACACAUAUUGUAAAAUCCUGGAUCUGGAUCAGUAAAGCGAUGUAUUUUGGUUAACCACUGCACUUUGUAUUCAUCAUCCUGACUGUAGUUGGACUGUGGAGUGCACAUGAUGUGAUCUGUGGACCAAACUGAUGACUGUGACAAUGUAGUCAGAUCAAUUAUUGACAAGAAAUGCCACAUACACUUUGUGAGCACAAAAUACACUUCCAAGAUGUGAACUGUGAGUUGAAAUACUAGAUUCCAUUGCAAGUAUGUUUUUUUCACCCUUGUGACAAUCAUCUUGUCCUUAAAUAAAGGCGGUGCCAUCUGAA